GAGAACACAAGUAGAGGACGCCCUCGUUAUCACAUUAAUUUGCAAGAUUAUAAGAAGACAAGACUGCAAAGGAAAGACAGAAUCAUUCAUCACAAUGAUUAUCAGGUUGCUUCUCCUGGUGUUACUACCAGUAGUAAUGAAGGUCCAAAGUGUGGAAGGACUGCUGCGGGACAGGUGUCCUAUGCCAACAACUCCUACAACAACAUCAAAUUCGUCUACUGUCAUACAAACUACUACAGUUACACCAACUAAAUCACCUGCAGAGACAAAGGCAGCCAUAGCUGCUGCAGCUGCAGCAGCAUCUACAUCAUCAAUUGCUGCAGCAACAGCAGGCGCCAUAGCAGCUACAGCUGCAUCGGCCAACGCUGGACCUUCUGCAGAAAGGGCAAGGGCUGCUGCAGAAGAAGCAAUCAAGGCUGCUGAAGAGGCAGCGAGAAUGGUAGAAGCAGUACUCAAUGGAACCGCAUCACCUGACGAAGCCAUACAAGCAGCGCAAAAUGCAGCACAAAAAGCACAAGACGCAUCUUUGGCAGCAAAGGAAGCAGCAGAGGCUCUCCCAAAUUCAACGGCACCGUUUACUGUCAUAAUUCUUCAAGCAUCUGCCAAUGCAACAGAAGCAGCUCUCAAAGCAGCCCAGGCAGCAAACAAUGUAUCUACAAUAACUCCUGAAAGUCUGGCUGCAGCAUCUGCAGCCAUGAAUGAGUCAGCAAUGGCAACAGAAAAAGCCCUCAGAGCGUUACUAUCAGCAGUCCAACAAAAUGACACUGCACCCCUUGAUCCGGAAAUAGAAGGAUUUGUGUCAUCAGUAGCGGAGAGUGCUGCACAAACCACAAACAAAACCAUAACAGCAAUAGAAAAGGCAGCUGCCUCUACAACAGCAGCAACACCAGAAGAGGCAAACCGUCUAUUGGAUGAAGCUAUUGAUUCAGUUCAAGAUGCCAAUGGCUCAACAAACCAAGCCAUUGAGUCUGCUUCAAAUAUAUUAUCAACAAUACAGAAUUCUACUACCACUGUCACACCAACUACUACAGUUACACCAACUAAAUCACCUGCAGAGACAAAGGCAGCCAUAGCUGCUGCAGCUGCAGCAGCAUCUACAUCAUCAAUUGCUGCAGCAACAGCAGGCGCCAUAGCAGCUACAGCUGCAUCGGCCAACGCUGGACCUUCUGCAGAAAGGGCAAGGGCUGCUGCAGAAGAAGCAAUCAAGGCUGCUGAAGAGGCAGCGAGAAUGGUGGAAGCAGUACUCAAUGGAACCGCAUCACCUGACGAAGCCAUACAAGCAGCGCAAAAUGCAGCACAAAAAGCACAAGACGCAUCUUUGGCAGCAAAGGAAGCAGCAGAGGCUCUCCCAAAUUCAACGGCACCGUUUACUGUCAUAAUUCUUCAAGCAUCUGCCAAUGCAACAGAAGCAGCUCUCAAAGCAGCCCAGGCAGCAAACAAUGUAUCUACAAUAACUCCUGAAAGUCUGGCUGCAGCAUCUGCAGCCAUGAAUGAGUCAGCAAUGGCAACAGAAAAAGCCCUCAGAGCGUUACUAUCAGCAGUCCAACAAAAUGACACUGCACCCCUUGAUCCGGAAAUAGAAGGAUUUGUGUCAUCAGUAGCGGAGAGUGCUGCACAAACCACAAACAAAACCAUAACAGCAAUAGAAAAGGCAGCUGCCUCUACAACAGCAGCAACACCAGAAGAGGCAAACCGUCUAUUGGAUGAAGCUAUUGAUUCAGUUCAAGAUGCCAAUGGCUCAACAAACCAAGCCAUUGAGUCUGCUUCAAAUAUAUUAUCAACAAUACAGAAUUCUACUACCACUGUCACACCAACUACUACAGUUACACCAACUAAAUCACCCGCAGAGACAAAGGCAGCCAUAGCUGCUGCAGCUGCAGCAGCAUCUACAUCAUCAAUUGCUGCAGCAACAGCAGGCGCCAUAGCAGCUACAGCUGCAUCGGCCAACGCUGGACCUUCUGCAGAAAGGGCAAGGGCUGCUGCAGAAGAAGCAAUCAAGGCUGCUGAAGAGGCAGCGAGAAUGGUAGAAGCAGUACUCAAUGGAACCGCAUCACCUGACGAAGCCAUACAAGCAGCGCAAAAUGCAGCACAAAAAGCACAAGACGCAUCUUUGGCAGCAAAGGAAGCAGCAGAGGCUCUCCCAAAUUCAACGGCACCGUUUACUGUCAUAAUUCUUCAAGCAUCUGCCAAUGCAACAGAAGCAGCUCUCAAAGCAGCCCAGGCAGCAAACAAUGUAUCUACAAUAACUCCUGAAAGUCUGGCUGCAGCAUCUGCAGCCAUGAAUGAGUCAGCAAUGGCAACAGAAAAAGCCCUCAGAGCGUUACUAUCAGCAGUCCAACAAAAUGACACUGCACCCCUUGAUCCGGAAAUAGAAGGAUUUGUGUCAUCAGCAGCGGAGAGUGCUGCACAAACCACAAACAAAACCAUAACAGCAAUAGAAAAGGCAGCAGCCUCUACAACAGCAACAACACCAGAAGAGGCAAACCGUCUAUUGGAUGAAGCUAUUGAUUCAGUUCAAGAUGCCAAUGGCUCAACAAACCAAGCCAUUGAGUCUGCUUCAAAUAUAUUAUCAACAAUACAGAAUUCUACUACCACUGUCACACCAACUACUACAGUUACACCAACUAAAUCACCCGCAGAGACAAAGGCAGCCAUAGCUGCUGCAGCUGCAGCAGCAUCUACAUCAUCAAUUGCUGCAGCAACAGCAGGCGCCAUAGCAGCUACAGCUGCAUCGGCCAACGCUGGACCUUCUGCAGAAAGGGCAAGGGCUGCUGCAGAAGAAGCAAUCAAGGCUGCUGAAGAGGCAGCGAGAAUGGUAGAAGCAGUACUCAAUGGAACCGCAUCACCUGACGAAGCCAUACAAGCAGCGCAAAAUGCAGCACAAAAAGCACAAGACGCAUCUUUGGCAGCAAAGGAAGCAGCAGAGGCUCUCCCAAAUUCAACGGCACCGUUUACUGUCAUAAUUCUUCAAGCAUCUGCCAAUGCAACAGAAGCAGCUCUCAAAGCAGCCCAGGCAGCAAACAAUGUAUCUACAAUAACUCCUGAAAGUCUGGCUGCAGCAUCUGCAGCCAUGAAUGAGUCAGCAAUGGCAACAGAAAAAGCCCUCAGAGCGUUACUAUCAGCAGUCCAACAAAAUGACACUGCACCCCUUGAUCCGGAAAUAGAAGGAUUUGUGUCAUCAGUAGCGGAGAGUGCUGCACAAACCACAAACAAAACCAUAACAGCAAUAGAAAAGGCAGCUGCCUCUACAACAGCAGCAACACCAGAAGAGGCAAACCGUCUAUUGGAUGAAGCUAUUGAUUCAGUUCAAGAUGCCAAUGGCUCAACAAACCAAGCCAUUGAGUCUGCUUCAAAUAUAUUAUCAACAAUACAGAAUUCUACUACCACUGUCACACCAACUACUACAGUUACACCAACUAAAUCACCCGCAGAGACAAAGGCAGCCAUAGCUGCUGCAGCUGCAGCAGCAUCUACAUCAUCAAUUGCUGCAGCAACAGCAGGCGCCAUAGCAGCUACAGCUGCAUCGGCCAACGCUGGACCUUCUGCAGAAAGGGCAAGGGCUGCUGCAGAAGAAGCAAUCAAGGCUGCUGAAGAGGCAGCGAGAAUGGUGGAAGCAGUACUCAAUGGAACCGCAUCACCUGACGAAGCCAUACAAGCAGCGCAAAAUGCAGCACAAAAAGCACAAGACGCAUCUUUGGCAGCAAAGGAAGCAGCAGAGGCUCUCCCAAAUUCAACGGCACCGUUUACUGUCAUAAUUCUUCAAGCAUCUGCCAAUGCAACAGAAGCAGCUCUCAAAGCAGCCCAGGCAGCAAACAAUGUAUCUACAAUAACUCCUGAAAGUCUGGCUGCAGCAUCUGCAGCCAUGAAUGAGUCAGCAAUGGCAACAGAAAAAGCCCUCAGAGCGUUACUAUCAGCAGUCCAACAAAAUGACACUGCACCCCUUGAUCCGGAAAUAGAAGGAUUUGUGUCAUCAGUAGCGGAGAGUGCUGCACAAACCACAAACAAAACCAUAACAGCAAUAGAAAAGGCAGCUGCCUCUACAACAGCAGCAACACCAGAAGAGGCAAACCGUCUAUUGGAUGAAGCUAUUGAUUCAGUUCAAGAUGCCAAUGGCUCAACAAACCAAGCCAUUGAGUCUGCUUCAAAUAUAUUAUCAACAAUACAGAAUUCUACUACCACUGUCACACCAACUACUACAGUUACACCAACUAAAUCACCUGCAGAGACAAAGGCAGCCAUAGCUGCUGCAGCUGCAGCAGCAUCUACAUCAUCAAUUGCUGCAGCAACAGCAGGCGCCAUAGCAGCUACAGCUGCAUCGGCCAACGCUGGACCUUCUGCAGAAAGGGCAAGGGCUGCUGCAGAAGAAGCAAUCAAGGCUGCUGAAGAGGCAGCGAGAAUGGUGGAAGCAGUACUCAAUGGAACCGCAUCACCUGACGAAGCCAUACAAGCAGCGCAAAAUGCGGCACAAAAAGCACAAGACGCAUCUUUGGCAGCAAAGGAAGCAGCAGAGGCUCUCCCAAAUUCAACGGCACCGUUUACUGUCAUAAUUCUUCAAGCAUCUGCCAAUGCAACAGAAGCAGCUCUCAAAGCAGCCCAGGCAGCAAACAAUGUAUCUACAAUAACUCCUGAAAGUCUGGCUGCAGCAUCUGCAGCCAUGAAUGAGUCAGCAAUGGCAACAGAAAAAGCCCUCAGAGCGUUACUAUCAGCAGUCCAACAAAAUGACACUGCACCCCUUGAUCCGGAAAUAGAAGGAUUUGUGUCAUCAGUAGCGGAGAGUGCUGCACAAACCACAAACAAAACCAUAACAGCAAUAGAAAAGGCAGCUGCCUCUACAACAGCAGCAACACCAGAAGAGGCAAACCGUCUAUUGGAUGAAGCUAUUGAGUCAGUUCAAGAUGCCAAUGGCUCAACAAACCAAGCCAUUGAGUCUGCUUCAAAUAUAUUAUCAACAAUACAGAAUUCUACUACCACUGUCACACCAACUACUACAGUUACACCAACUAAAUCACCUGCAGAGACAAAGGCAGCCAUAGCUGCUGCAGCUGCAGCAGCAUCUACAUCAUCAAUUGCUGCAGCAACAGCAGGCGCCAUAGCAGCUACAGCUGCAUCGGCCAACGCUGGACCUUCUGCAGAAAGGGCAAGGGCUGCUGCAGAAGAAGCAAUCAAGGCUGCUGAAGAGGCAGCGAGAAUGGUAGAAGCAGUACUCAAUGGAACCGCAUCACCUGACGAAGCCAUACAAGCAGCGCAAAAUGCAGCACAAAAAGCACAAGACGCAUCUUUGGCAGCAAAGGAAGCAGCAGAGGCUCUCCCAAAUUCAACGGCACCGUUUACUGUCAUAAUUCUUCAAGCAUCUGCCAAUGCAACAGAAGCAGCGCUCAAAGCAGCCCAGGCAGCAAACAAUGUAUCUACAAUAACUCCUGAAAGUCUGGCUGCAGCAUCUGCAGCCAUGAAUGAGUCAGCAAUGGCAACAGAAAAAGCCCUCAGAGCGUUACUAUCAGCAGUCCAACAAAAUGACACUGUACCCCUUGAUCCGGAAAUAGAAGGAUUUGUGUCAUCAGUAGCGGAGAGUGCUGCACAAACCACAAACAAAACCAUAACAGCAAUAGAAAAGGCAGCUGCCUCUACAACAGCAGCAACACCAGAAGAGGCAAACCGUCUAUUGGAUGAAGCUAUUGAUUCAGUUCAAGAUGCCAAUGGCUCAACAAACCAAGCCAUUGAGUCUGCUUCAAAUAUAUUAUCAACAAUACAGAAUUCUACUACCACUGUCACACCAACUACUACAGUUACACCAACUAAAUCACCCGCAGAGACAAAGGCAGCCAUAGCUGCUGCAGCUGCAGCAGCAUCUACAUCAUCAAUUGCUGCAGCAACAGCAGGCGCCAUAGCAGCUACAGCUGCAUCGGCCAACGCUGGACCUUCUGCAGAAAGGGCAAGGGCUGCUGCAGAAGAAGCAAUCAAGGCUGCUGAAGAGGCAGCUGAGAAUGCAUCUGCCAAUGCAACAGAAGCAGCGCUCAAAGCAGCCCAGGCAGCAAACAAUGUAUCUACAAUAACUCCUGAAAGUCUGGCUGCAGCAUCUGCAGCCAUGAAUGAGUCAGCAAUGGCAACAGAAAAAGCCCUCAGAGCGUUACUAUCAGCAGUCCAACAAAAUGACACUGUACCCCUUGAUCCGGAAAUAGAAGGAUUUGUGUCAUCAGUAGCGGAGAGUGCUGCACAAACCACAAACAAAACCAUAACAGCAAUAGAAAAGGCAGCUGCCUCUACAACAGCAGCAACACCAGAACAGGCAAACCUUCUGUCUACUGAAGCUAUUGAGUCAGUUCAAGAUGCCAGUGGCUCAACAAACCAAGCCAUUGAGUCUGCUUCAAAUAUAUUAUCAACAAAACAAAAUUCUUCAACCACUGUCACACCAACUACUACAGUUACACCAACCAAAUCCCCUGCAGUGAUAAAGGCAGCCAUAGCUGCUGCAGCUGCAGCAGCAUCUACAUCAUCAAUUGCUGCAGCAACAGCAGGCGCCAUAGCAGCUACAGCUGCAUCGGCCAACGCUGGACCUUCUGCAGAAAGGGCACUAGGGCUGCUGCAGAAGAAGCAAUCAAGGCUGCUGAAGAGGCAGCGAGAAUGGUAG